AAGCAAGCAACAACCUUCGUUUGCCCACCGAAAUCUCUUGAGAUCGCCGUGAACGACCCCGAGAGAGAGAGAUUGAGAGACGACGAGCCAUGGAAAUGCAGGUCGCCUCCUGGGAUUCGCUCCGUAAGCAGGCAAGGAAACUUGAAGGGCAGCUAGAUGAACAAUUAAACACUUAUCGGAGAUUUGUUUCUAACAAACCUGACGGUUCAGAGAAUGACAUUGAAUCUGUUAUAGAAAGGUUACUAAAACAGCUUCAGCAAGUAAAUUCACAAAUGCAAUCAUGGGUAUCAUCUGGAGGUUCAGAAAUACUUUCCCAUACAUUGAAUCGACAUAGAGAAAUUUUGCAGGACCUCUCUCAGGAGUUUAAAAGACUUCGCUCUAGUCUCAGAGCUAAGCAAGAACAUGCAUCACUCCUGGAUUUUAGAGAUUUUGACAAAGCAGGGUUGGAUUUGGAAGAGGGUGGUGGCUCUGUUGAACAAGCUCUUCUGAAAGAGCAAGCAGCUCUUAGCAGAAGUUCAGGACAGAUUGAUAGUGUGAUCUCUCAUGCCCAAGCCACAUUAGGUGCACUUGUUCUUCAGCGCUCUACAUUUGGUGGUAUUAGCUCAAAGAUAACCAAUGUCAGCAGCCGUCUUCCAACAGUAAAUCAUAUUCUCUCAUCAAUCAGAAGGAAAAAAUCCAUGGACACUAUUAUUCUUUCCCUUGUUGCAUCAGUUUGUACAUUUCUUAUUCUGAUUUACUGGUUGUCAAAGUGAGCCAUGGUUUGAGGUGAAGCUUUGAGCUACUGCGUCCUAUAAGUUUGUGUAACUCAAGGUGCUCUUGUUAUAUGAACAUUAUGUUGCUUAUGUUAUUUUUUUGCUUCAAAGAGAUUUGUCAUUUUAUUUAUUUUUUUUUUAUGAUGCAUAUCCUAAUCUAUUUUUGGUGA